GGGUUCGAAUAUAAACAAGACUACCUUGUGUGUCGGACGCAAGUAAGGGACUCCUACAUACUUUCUCGUAAAAUUUGAGUUUACAAUAUAAAUUUAUGGGGACUAGUACACUGGUGAUGUUACAUGUGUUAAUUAUUUUUAAGUAACGACAGUUCAUAAGAGGAGAUACGGCAGACAUAAACAAUUACAGACCAAUAUUAAAUCUACCCAUAUCAUAAAUAUUUGAAACAUUUAUUUACAAACAGCUCUACUCCUACCUCGUAAAAUUCAACAUACUAAGUCCCUGCCAGUUUGGCUUCUGCUCCCAGAAGAGUACCAAUGAUGCAAUUGUUAGUCUGCUGGAUAUAAUCUACUCAGCCCUUGACAAAGAACUUUUGUAGAAAUGGUGUAAGCCACCUGAUGACAUGGAACCAUCAAGAGAUCAGUGUGCAUAUUACUACACCAAGGACCAAAUUAAUAAUCUUCAGAUCAGGGUGUGUCUGCAGCAACUGACAGGGACACAACUAGUCGAUGUGUCUCCAAGAGUGGUGGAGGAUACGUCAGGGGUCAGGGAGGCAGAGAUAGCCCUGGCUGCUUUGUCCAUCCCUUCUAAUGAUGCCACAGUUUCUCACACUCACCAACAGGUCAUCAAAUGGCAACAGAAACUCUUGAGUGCAUUUGAAACAGUGGAAUACAGCCGAACUUUGUAUGCAAAUGAUAAGAAAUACAAGAAGCUGUAUGAACAAGCCAUGAAGUUAAAGAAGAAGAAGCAAGGGAAGCAGCGUAUUUUUACAUACAUUCACCAAAAUAAGUUUCAUUAUCAGGUCCAGGAUGCCGUUUCCACUUCAAAAAGACAGGACCAAGAGUGCUGGCUGAGACAAAGAAAAACUACCACAAGCAUAAAGAAAGGUAAAAAAGACAACAAUACUGAUGAAAAUGAAAGAAUUGAAGAAGUAAAUAGGAAGAGAUCCAAGAACCAAGAGCUUACACAGUCACCUCAGCAGCAGUACUUUUACAUCAUGGCUGAUCUUGCUCCUCCUGACAGCUUGGGAGAGAGUAGGUCCCACGAAGUUGUGCUGUGUACGCUCCGUUAUGAUGCACAAGGCCAACUAAUGGUGUCUCCUGACUUCACCAAGCCUACUUCGAAAGCUUACAGACUAGAAAGUUUUGGAUCUGAUAAUGCCCUGUAUGAAUAUACUAUUGAAAAUAUAUCUUUGUGUCAUUCUGCUGAGGAGAAACAUCAUGAAGAUCAGUUGGUAAAGCAAAUCACUGAACAACGAUUGGAGGAAAUAGAACAGAUGGUUGGGUUGGAGUGGGAUACACAGCAACUUGAGGUGGGAGAGCUGCGUCUACUGGUUGUUGGAGAGAUAAUGCGUGCUCUCCACUUUUCUGAAGCGUUCUCCCUCUACAUUCAUUUUGUUUUACAUCUUCCCCCAGGUUGGCAUGCCAAUUCAGGUACAGAAUGUGAAGGGUUUACUCCCUUAUGUAGUGUUGGGUGUGUGGGCGGGGUCCAUUCUGCUCACUAUUCCACCCCAUUCUCUUUUGAUGUUACUCGCUCCAAGUCAGGUCAAGGUUGGCCCAUACUUUUACUUGCUGCAUUUUCAGUAGAUUGGUUGGGUCAAGACCGGGAUGAGGGUUAUGCCGCAUUUCGCUUGUCUACUACAGAAAAUGUUGCCAAUGAUUGCUGCAGAGAAAACAUGGUUAGCAAGGUACAUUCUGUGGCUACCUGGCGUCCCGCACAACUGUCUCCAUUAUCACUAAUGCGAAGGUUCUUCAUUGGAGGUUGUCAACUUAUGGCAGACCCUUCAUAUCUUGCUGUUGGGAGCAAUACUGAGAUGAAACGUGUAAGUCGUCUAGGUUUCAGUACCCUGAGCAGUGGAAUUCUAGAACUGAGAACCAAUACAGUGAUACAAGGAGACUUGUCUGAGACAGAUUUCACUCCACAAAUGGAGAAUCAAUCUGGCUGGCAGCUGUCUACCGUAGCUGUAAUCGAUGCUUUUAAUAAGUCAAGGCAAAAACUUAGAGCAGCUAAACAAGGCCUUUUGUGAAGUCGAGACAAAAUGUAAUUUACUACUGCAUGGUUAGAUCUAUUUAAGAAUAAAAUAAUGAUCAAAAA